AAUACAGGAUUUCCUGUUGUGCAGCCCCUGGACCGGGCUGCCGGAGCCGGCGGGAUUCCAGCGCUCCGAAAACAUGUGGAAGUUAAGCGAGGAGGCGCUGAGAAAACCUCUGGGAAAUAAAAGCAGAAGGCUGGCUGCUCCUGCUCGCUAGCACGGCUAUGACCCCCCCGGAGYAUGGCAAGCACGGGAAGAACCCCUCCCCCUGCCGUGCCCACCCCGUGAGCGAAGAGACCCGGCCAGGAUGGAGAGCAACGUGUCCUCUGGGAACUGUUCCCACCCCCAGAUGUCCUUCCAGUCCACCCUCUACGCCACCACCUACACCCUCAUCUUCAUCCCGGGGCUCCUGGCCAACAGCGCUGCCCUGUGGGUCCUGUGCCGCUUCGUCAGCCGCAAGAGCAAAGCCGUCAUCUUCAUGAUCAACCUGGCCGUGGCCGACCUGGCCCACGUCCUCUCGCUGCCCCUGCGCACCUACUACUACAUCAACCACAGCUGGCCCUUCGGGAGCUUCCUGUGCCAGGUGUGCUUCUACCUGAAGUACCUCAACAUGUACGCCAGCAUCUGCUUCCUCAGCUGCAUCAGCAUCCAGCGCUACCUGUUYCUGCUGCACCCCUUCMRKGCCAAGGGCUGGAARCGCCGCUACGACGUGGCCAUCAGYGCCCUGGUCUGGCUCCUGGUGGGGGCAGCCUGCYUGCCCCUCAUCAUUGUCAGGAGCCCUUCCCUGUCCAACUCCAUCAACAGCUGCUUCUCGGACCUGGGCGUGAAGCAGCUCAGCCCGGGGGCGGCCAUCGCACUGGUGACGGUGGCGGAGCUGUUCGGCUUCGUGGUGCCCUUCGGCACCAUCGCCUGGUGCACGUGGAGGAUGUGGCACUCGCUGCGGGAGGGGCCCACGGCGCUGCAGGAYGCGGGUGAGAAGCGCAAGGCCCUCAGGAUGGUCCUCAUGUGCGCCGCCGUCUUCUUCAUCUGCUUCACCCCCUACCACAUCAACUUCCCCUUCUUCAUGAUGGUGAUCGAGAACAUCAUCCGCGACUGCGCCGUGCACCGCAGYGCGCUGCGCUUCCACCCCAUCUCGCUGUGCCUGGCCAGCCUCAACUGCUGCCUGGACCCYGUUCUUUACUACUUCAUGACCUCCGAGUUCCAGGCGCAUCUGCUGCGCCAUGGCUGCGUGGCUCUGAGGGCCCGGCUCCCGCCCCGGCGCAGCAGCGCCUCAGCCACCGACACGGCCCACGACAUCCGCGUSAGGAAGAGGAAUCUGCCUCGCCUCAAGUUCUGGUCCCUGCCUAAAUUCUUCGGCCAAAUCAACAGCAUGGACAUGCCGGCCGCGCCGCCRGACGAGCUGCUGCUGGAGUCCAUCUCGUGAGCAUCGGCCGGGCCUGUCCGUGCGGGCCCCUCAGAGCUGUGGUCAGGACUGCUCUGCUGGCCACAAACGCCUGGAACUGUCCUUGCGUGCCACCCGUGCCAGGACCUGAUCCAUAAGGACCUCAUGAUGCCUUUGAAAGGCAUCAAAAAAGAGAUUAAAAGUAGGUUUGGUGGUGGUGUUGUUGCUGCUGGGGCCUGUUGCCUUCCAUCCCCACAAAAGCCAUCGCUGCUGCCCAGAAGUUUCUCCUUUGCUGAGCUGCAGUGGGUUCAGGUGCCUCAUUGCAGGCGUUUCAGUGCUUCUGUGUAUUUGCCAUUUUUGGGAAUCCCUCUGGACCCYGAGGUGUGAGCGAGCGGUCCAGCCUUGGCACGGCUCGAGGAGUUCCAUCCCCAUUCACAGGUACCUACAGCUGCUGUCACCAUACCCACACCAGGCUCUGGAUCAGGACAGUUCCUCAUCUCUGUGUAAACUGAACCUCUUCUCACUACAAAAUCCAUCACCUGGGUUCAAUCCAGCCUAAUCUGGACUGCAAGGCUGUAACUGCACCGACAUGCACCGUGCAAAGGGUGUUAACCUGCAUGGCAUCAGUGGUACCAGGAGGGUUCAGACAAACUGGAAAAGGCACCCAGAGCUGAGCAAAGGGAUCCACCCGGCUCCUGGGAGCUGCAGGGUGCUCAGCUGCUUGUGGGGGAUUGAAUAUUUGGGAGGAAAAUGGUGAUGGAUGGAUGUGCCACAAGCAAAGAGGGAGUUGUGAC